AGUGAUAAGCAGCUGAGGAGGAAGUCAAGUAUUAUUUCAUCGGGACAUGUAAGGGAGGAUGAUCGUUUCUUUCUGCUGAGGAGGAAUCUGUGAAGCUCCGGUCUCAGUGUGAUGGAGAUGCCGUAGUAAAGCCACAAACAGUCUCCUGAUGACUUCACAGCCACCUGACAGGCCAAAAUAACCAGUGUCAGAACAUCUCAGUCUGAGCAGAGGGAUUGUAGGGUUUUGUCUUUAAGUGUGUCUGGCUAAGUAAUGUAGUUUGCCACCCAGACUGGCUCGAUUUGGGGAACUCCAGGCUACUGCCAGUCUUGUUUAGCUCUGGCAUAAAGCCGCAUAAGCUUCCCCCAGAGGGAGGUUGUCGACUUUCCCUCCAGAGCUAGAGGCAGACCACUGAAAAGGAGCUGUAACACUGGAUGAAGGCCCUGACUUGAGGAGGCGAACAGGACUUGGCUCCAGUUUGUGAAGGCUGAAGGCUGCUUGGACCAUUCUCACAUACCUUAGAGACUUGGAUUUGACCAGCUGACAGCCGGUUUGUUUUGUUGGACAUGUGGAUGCUGCUGACAGGGUUUUUGUGCCCGUUUUGGAAAACCAUCUUGUUGUGAGACUUGUAGCUUGGGGGGGGAGGAGCCCAGCCAUGGAGGGGCUCGAGCAGCUCGACAUGGUGGGCGAUAUCAGCCCGGCUCUCGAGGCCACCGAGGACUUCAUCCACUGCAUGGAUGGGAUACAAGGUCCAAGCCAAGCUCAAACAGGGACCCUCCAGCCUUCCAGGCAGCCUAAGCAGCUGCAGGAGGUGUCCAGUGCCGCGCUGGGGAAGCUGAGCUCCAGCGGCGUGUGGGGCCUGCUGGCUAGAGAGCAGCCGGAGGUGGGACCCCUAGGCCUGGCCUGGGCUGACAACUUCAGCGUGUUGGGGCUGGGGAUGGGCUUGAGGCACGGCAAGAGAAGCCGAGCGCGCUCCACCAACGACCUGGCAGCACAUAGCAAGGAGUGCACCAACAACGCUGCCAACUCCUCGUCCAACUCGGCCUUCAAGAAGGGACACAAUCGCUCCAGGUCAGACGUCAACUACCGGCCGUCUGCGUACACGGACAAUGGACUGCCCACUGUGGACUGCAACACUCUGAAGAACAUGAUCCUCAACCACCAGCCAGAGGCUGAUAAAAGCAGCAGUAGCAGUGUGGUGAAGCAGGGUGAGAUGGAGCAGCGCGAGGGGCCCCGGGGCCGCUGGACGCCUUGCCACGUCGAGCUGACACCCUGUGAGCUCCGGCUGUACACUCUGGACAGCAGCGCCAACCGCCAGCUGGGCACCGCCUACUCUCUGUCACACUGCCAGAGCGUCAUCUCACCAGCACCCUGCAGCCAGCCCGGCCAAAUCACCCAGCCCGCCGAUCAACGCACGCUGCAGGCUUUGUUCUUCAACAGCACGCGUCUCCAGCUGAGGGCAGCCAGCCAAUGGGAGGCCGUGGAGUGGAGACGGCUGAUUUUGGAGAAGGUGCAGGCAGCCAGACCCACGAGGAAGGAGAACCACCAGCGUAAGACCGGAGCGGAAAAGCAACAGAUUGUCAAGUUCCCUGCACCCAUGUCACCCUCCUCGUCUCCCUCUCCGUCUGGGCUCGACACCAGGCCUGAUGGUGACAGCGACACCCCCACCUCAGCGGAGGCAUCACUCUCUCUGCAGUCUAAUUCUGGCGUCCUGAGCAGACCCACCACCCUGCCUCUGUUCACCCAACGCUACCAGGAUAUCCUCAAAGCUGGUCUGCUCCACCAGCUGGUGGAUCAGAACAACUGGCGGGCCUUCACCUUCGUCCUGACCAGAUCUGCUCUCCGGGCCUUCCCCACUGAGGGCCGUGGGUCUGUGUCCCAGCCUGUGCUCCAGUACUCCAUGGCCUCCUGCUCGGCCGUGCAGCAUGAUCAGGAGCCAGAGAACGGAGAGCCGUGGACAGACAGAGGGGACUGCUUCCAGAUCGUUUUCCCCAAAGAUGUGCUUCGACUUCGGGCGGACGAUCAGCUCAAGGCCCAGGAAUGGAUGGAUGCCCUGCGGGAGGUGGUCGGAGCACAGAGGCCUGCCCAAGAAGAAGGAGGAGAGUCGGGAGAAGGAGCUCCAUCCCUCCAGGGAGUGCUGUUGAGAUCAAAACCAUCCAGGGAGAGGAGACAGCGGGAGGCCCAGAAAGCCAAGAGGCAGUCAGUCACCACCAGUUUCCUCAGUAUUCUCACCUGUCUGGCCGUGGAGAAGGGGCUAACUGCUCAGAGCUUCAGAUGUGCAGGUUGUCAGCGUCCCGUCGGUCUCUCCAGAGGAAAAGCAAAGGUCUGCUACUACAGCGGCUGGUACUACUGCACAAGCUGCCAUCAGGACAACUCCUUCCUCAUCCCAGCACGUCUACUGCACAACUGGGACACCAGCAAGCACAAGGUGUCAAAACAGGCCAAGGAGUUCCUGGAGUUUGUGUACGAGGAGCCUCUGCUGGACAUCCAGCAGCUCAACCCUUGUUUGUAUGAGCACUGUGAGCCUCUCAGCACCGUGCUGCGCCUCCGUCAGCAGCUCCAGUCACUGCGGGCCUACCUGUUCAGCUGCAGAGCAACCGUCGCCGAGGACCUCAGACGAAGGAUCUUCCCCAGGGAAUACCUGCUACAGCACAUUCACCUGUACUCCAUGGCAGACCUGCAGCAGGUGAUUGAUGGAAAACUGGCUCCCUUUCUGUCCAAGGUGAUCAAGUUUGCCAGCUCCCAUGUUUUCAGCUGCAGUUUGUGUCGAGAGAAAGGUUUCAUUUGUGAGCUCUGCCAGAACGGACAGGUCAUCUACCCCUUCCAGGAGAGCGCCACCAAGAGGUACAGAUCCUCAUAA